UAAUAUCAGACCGUUGCAUAAGACUCAACAUCCAUAUUUAUUGGGCGUGUUUUCUGGCCCAGUGGUCAGUUUUGAAGCAGCUUCCAGCUUGGGCCGUUCAAGAUGAAGACAUUGUUUCUCAUUUUCUCAGCAGUUCUAAUGCUUUGCACGGUUUAUGCCCAAAAUUCCGAUCUCUCCAAAUCCAAUGAUGUAUUGUUAAAAUCCAGACCAAAUCGGCCCUAUCGACCUAUACGACCAGAUCUGAGCGAUGAGCGACCAGGACGUCUAGGAUCCAGUAGUGGAAGCAGUUCGGCGGCGAUCGGAAACGAUGGAAGAGACGCUAGAAAGCCCGCCAUUGCAUUAGUAAACAUAUUAAAUGCAAUUAAGAGACCCAUUUGGAAUAGGCCAUCUGAGCAGCGCAUCAAGAAAAUCUUUCUGACAAGGUACAUGAACCUCCUCGAAGAUAUUCGAGAUAUAUUGAAUGAAGAGACAAGGGCCGCCCAGCUAAUUGCGCAACAAGCUGCUCUAAAAUUGCCGUCUGUAGAAUAGAGUUUUAAAACUGUGCAUACAAGCAAGCAUUUUAAAAAGUGCCGCUCUUUGUGUUUCAAAUACCAUUCUAUGUCUUUUAAUGAUUAAUAAAUGAAACACAAAUAAUGCGUCAA